UCAUUGGUCCAUUGGCGGCGUCAAUUUUGUUGUUAGUUGUCAAAAAGUUAACCUACAAUCGGUGUCUCGAAUGCACGUGCUUAAAAAUUUGUGAGCGAUGGCAGAAUUUGAAAGCGAAGCACCCGUCAAAGAAAAGAAGAAGAAAAAAAGUAAAGGUGAAAAAGAUUUGGGGAAUAUACAAAAAGGCUCAGAUUUCUCAGUGGAGCCUUCAACUUUGGUUGCAAAAUUAGACAGUUCGAAGUGGCCUUUGUUGUUGAAGUACUUUGAUCGUUUAAAUGUAAGAACUAAUCAUUAUGUUCCGCUACCUUAUGGUUCCUCACCGCUUCGAAGAGAAAUUUCUGACUAUGUAAAAUCUGGAUUUAUUAAUCUUGAUAAACCUAGUAAUCCAAGCAGUCAUGAGGUGGUGGCUUGGAUUAAAAGAAUUUUAAAAGUUGAAAAAACUGGCCAUUCUGGAACUCUAGAUCCAAAAGUAACGGGUUGUUUAAUUGUCUGCAUAGAACGAGCCACUAGGCUUGUAAAAUCGCAACAAGCAGCAGGCAAAGAAUAUGUCGCAGUGUUUAAACUGCAUUCCAGUGUGGAAGGUGGGAUUCCAAAAGUUGUGCAAGGAUUGGAAAAAUUAAGAGGUGCCUUAUUUCAAAGGCCGCCGCUAAUAUCAGCAGUUAAAAGACAAUUAAGAGUUAGAACUGUCUAUGACAGUAAAUUAUUUCAGUAUGAUGAAAGUCGAAAUAUGGGUGUAUUUUGGGUCAGUUGUGAAGCGGGUUCCUACAUUCGUACAAUGUGUGUUCAUUUGGGUUUAGUUUUGGGAGUGGGGGGCCAAAUGUUGGAACUCAGAAGGGUACGUUCAGGCAUUCAAUCAGAGAACGAACAGAUGUCAACAAUGCAUGAUGUAAUGGACGCACAGUGGUUAUAUGAAAACCACAAAGAUGAAAGUUACUUGCGCCGUGUGAUUAAACCUUUAGAAGGUUUAUUGGUCAAACACAAAAGGAUAAUUAUGAAAGACAGUUCUGUAAAUGCUGUCUGUUAUGGAGCAAAAAUUCUUCUGCCUGGAAUUUUAAGAUACGAAGACAAUAUUGAACUUAAUGAAGAGAUUGUUAUUGUGACUACAAAGGGAGAGGCCAUAGCACUAGGAAUCGCUUUAAUGACUACAGCAACAAUAGCCAGUUGUGAUCAUGGGGUGGUAGCAAAGAUUAAAAGAGUCAUCAUGGAGAGAGACACAUAUCCUAGAAAAUGGGGUCUGGGUCCUCGUUCAAGUCAAAAGAAAAUACUUAUCGCCAAAGGCCAGCUCGAUAAGUAUGGGAAACCUAACGAAAAUACCCCGAAAGAAUGGUUGAACAGUUAUGUUGAUUAUUCAGUUAAAAAAGAAGACGAUGUUAAGCAAGAAACAAAGAAAGAGGAACCUGAAGAUGAAGAAAGUUCCAAGAAGCGCAAACUAAGUGCUAGUGCCGAUACUUCCAUGCAGUCUGACACAAGUCCUAAGGAAAAAAAGAAAAAGAAAAAAAGGAAGACUGACGAUGGCGAAAAUGGUUCAGAAGAAGCUUCAUCAGUGGCUGCAGAGCCUGCUGUGGUUGAAGGGGAAGAGAAAAAGAAAAAGAAGAAGAAGAAAAAGGAUAAAAGUAAAGACAAAGAAGAGGAAGAGGCAGAAUAAUUUUGUUAUAUAUUUUUUUUAUUGUAACAUUACAAGAUUAAUUACUAUAGUGCAUUAUCACAGUCUUGAGAAACUAGGUUUUUUAUGACUUUUUUACUAAGUCUACAAUGUUCUAGUUCUUGGACUGUGUUAAAACUAUUUUUUCUUAAAAUUUACUUACAUGAAGUAAAUACAUUUUUAGUGAU